GUGCAGAAGCUGCCAGUACCAAAGCAUCAGGGAAGGGGGGCGUGGUCAGCGCACGAGGGAAGAGGACGGAGAAGGACGGGGCGAUUCGGCGAAGUGUCCCCGCGCCUGAGGGGCCGUCAGAGCGCGAGGGGUGGUCGGUGCGGUAGGGACCAACAAGGGUCGCGCUAGCGCGUGCGCCCCGGUGACAGCGCGGCGGGGGCGGGGCCUACCGCGGAGGGGCGGGGCCUACCUCGGCCCGUAGUGAUUGCCCACCCCCUGAGUGACAGACGGAGUCCGAGUGAGGGAGCAGGGUCGGGAGCUGGCGCGGCCGGGGCUCGCUCUCCCCACUCGCGAUCCCGUGCUAUGAGGCGGCCCUGAGAGUCGCGGCGGGGAGCCCAGCCCAGCCGGAGCCCGGCGCGGCCCGGGGGGACUGGGUCUCGCUUCACACCCCCGGCCAAACCGAUGACUACGGCAAACUGCGGCGCCACUGACGAGUUCGACUUCAGGCUGAUCUUCGGGGAGGACGGGCAGCCGGGCCCGGGGCCGCCGUUGGGGCCUGCAGAUCUUGAACCAGAUGAUUGUGCAUCCAUAUACAUCUUUAAUGUAGACCAACCACCAUCCUCUGUAAAUCAGCCAAUUUGUAUCCCUCACCAUGGAUUGCAGUCACACUCCUCUCCUCUGUCUCCACCAACCAGACUGCAGGGUCAUAAAAACUAUGAAGGAACUUGUGAGGUACCAGAAUCUAAAUACAGUCCACUAGGUGGACCCAAACCCUUUGAGUGCCCUAGUAUUCAAAUUACAUCUAUCUCUCCUAACUGUCAUCAAGGGAUUGAAGCUACUGAGGAUGAAUUGCACACAAAUGGCCCAGAAAAUGAAUAUAUGGAAAGGCCUUCAAGGGACCACCUGUAUCUUCCUCUUGAGCCAUCAUACAGGGAAUCAUCCCUUAGCCCAAGCCCUGCCAGCAGCAUUUCCUCCAGGAGCUGGUUCUCAGAUGCUUCCUCUUGCGAGUCUCUCUCUCACGUUUAUGAUGAUGUAGACUCGGAGCUGAAUGAAGCUGCUGCUCGAUUUACCCUUGGAUCUCCUUUGGCAUCUCCUGGUGGUUCUCCAAGGAGUCCAGGGGAUGAAUCUUGGCAGCAGCCUUAUGGAUUUGGGCAUGCCCUGUCUCCUAGACAGUCUCCUUGUCAUUCUCCUAGAACUAGUAUUACAGAUGAAAAUUGGCUAAACCCUAGACCAACAUCAAGGCCCUCAUCGAGACCUACAUCCCCCUGUGGGAAGCGACGACACUCCAGUGCAGAGAUUUGUUAUGCCGGCUCUCUCUCUCCUCACCAUUCUCCAACUCCAUCACCUGGCCACUCUCCUAGGGGAAGCAUAACAGAAGACACAUGGUUAAACACUUCUCUCCAUAGUGUACAAGGUCUUAGUCCUGGCCUUUCACCAUUUCAGUGUUGUACAGAGACUGACAUCCCUCUUAAAACAAGAAAGACUUCUGAGGAUCAAACUGCUACUCUAUCAGGAAAAAUAGAUUUCUGUUCUGAAGAACAGGGUAAUUUAUCACCAUCCCUUGAAACUGCAAUAGAUGAUUGCUCUGGAUCUCAACAUGCAUUGAAAAAGGAUUUGCCUGGUGACCAAUUUCUUUCUGUUCCUUCGCACUUUACUUGGAACAAACCAAAGCCUGGCCAUACUCCUAUAUUUCGCACAUCUUCAUUACCACCGCUAGACUGGCCUUUACCAACUCAUUAUGGACAAUGUGAACUGAAAAUAGACGUACAGCCUAAAACUCACCACAGAGCUCAUUAUGAAACAGAAGGCAGUAGGGGAGCAGUAAAAGCAUCUACUGGAGCACACCCAGUAGUGAAGCUCAUAGGCUACAGUGAGAAGCCAGUAAACCUACAGAUGUUCAUUGGAACAGCAGAUGAUCGCUACUUACGACCUCAUGCAUUCUACCAGGUGCACCGAAUCACUGGGAAAACAGUUGCUACUGCUAGCCAAGAGAUAAUAAUUGCCAGCACAAAAGUACUGGAAAUUCCGCUUCUUCCUGAAAAUAAUAUGUCUGCCAGUAUUGAUUGUGCAGGUAUUUUGAAACUCCGCAAUUCAGAUAUAGAGCUCCGUAAAGGAGAGACAGAUAUUGGAAGAAAGAAUACCAGAGUGCGACUUGUGUUCCGUGUUCAUAUCCCACAGCCUAGUGGAAAAGUGUUGUCUCUACAGAUUGCUUCCAUACCUGUUGAAUGCUCUCAGCGAUCUGCUCAAGAACUUCCUCAGAUAGAAAAAUACAGCAUCAACAGUUGUUCUGUAAAUGGAGGCCAUGAAAUGGUUAUGACUGGAUCUAAUUUUCUUCCAGAAUCAAAAAUUAUAUUUCUUGAAAAAGGACAAGAUGGACGACCUCAGUGGGAAGUAGAAGGGAAAAUAAUUAGGGAAAAGUGUCAAGGGGCUAACAUUGUUCUUGAAGUUCCUCCAUACCAUAACAAAACGAUUACAGCUGCAGUCCAGGUGCAGUUUUAUCUUUGCAAUGGGAAGAGGAAAAAAAGCCAGUCUCAACGUUUUACUUAUACACCAGUUUUAAUGAAACAAGAGCACAGAGAUGAAAUGGAUUUGACUGCUGUUCCAUCUUUGUCCUUGCCUCAUACUGGCAGCGUUCAGGGCCUGCACUCCAUCCGAACUCAGCUGUCUUCAGCAGAUCCAGGGCACCCGCACGAUAAUUUACUGUCUACAUCACCCAGGAGCCUUGUGUGCCCAGUUCAGCAACCAUAUACAUCCAUGGUGACAUCAGCAGUAUCCCAUCUGUCUCACAUACAAGGUAGAAACUUCAGUCCAGGUGAUGAGUGUCAUGUUUUGCCUUCUGUUGUUCACCAGUCUUUCCAAGUAACAUCAACACCUCCUGUGAGGCCUUCCUACCAGCCUAUGCAAUCUAAUGUUAUGUACAAUGGGCAACCUGGUCUUCCCGUGAACUCUGCCUCCAGCCAAGGAUUUGACGCUAUUUCAUUUCAACAAGAUGCAGCUGUACCUCAUUUGAUAAAUCUUAGCUGCCCACCUCUGCCACCAAUGCAGUACCAUUCUUCGAAUCCUGGCUCAGUGACAACUUCAUGUACAGUAGGGCAUCCUUUGGCACAUCCAGCUCAUUCAGGACAGUCAUCACCUCAUCUGCAGUCAAUGGGAUACCACUGUCCAAAUAGUGGGCAGGGUUCUAUCUCUUCUGCAAUGAAUCAACCCCUUGGGCAACCUUCCCCUCAGUUGCAGCAAGUCACAUACCAUUCUGCAAACCCAGGGUCUGCUUCAUCACCAUCCCCAACAGCUUCUCAUCCUUUGGUCCAUUCGCCACUGUCAGGGCCAGCUUCUCCUCAGCUACAACCUAUGCCGUACCAGUCUCCUAGCUCAGGACCUGCCUCAUCCCCUCCCCCAACAGUUGUAAGUCACUCGGGACAACACUCCCCUCAAGAACAUAGUCCUGGAUUGGGAAGUCUUCAUGCAGCUUCAUCUUUAGUACAUCACAGUGUAUGCGAAUCAUCUCCAUUUUCAUCAGACGGGGUAGCUGUUAACAUUAAGCCAGAACCUGAAGAUCAAGAGUUGAAUUUUCAAACAAUUGGAUUGCAAGACAUUACGCUAGAUGAUGACAAUUUUAUCUCUGACCUGGAAUACCAGCCAUCAGGUUCAGCAGAGAAAUGGACUCAACAUUCAGCAUUCAUGUCCAACUCCUGUGUGGAAAAUCUAGAGGUGAAUGAAAUCAUAGGAAGAGAUAUGUCACAGAUCUCAGUGUCACAUGGAGCAACAGUGUCCGGCCAAUCUCCACAUACAUGCCCUGGAUCUCUGGAGACAGAAAUAUCGGAUGGAGUCUAAAAGCAGCUAAGCAUCCAUGAAAUCUUUCAAGUUUUCUCUGAAUAUUUCUUCUUCAGCCCCUUCUCUUACACUCACUGUGCUUCCAACUCUUGUGGCCUUUUAUAGACUGGAACAAUGGAUCCUUGCAUCGCCCUUUUAGUGGGUUACAUUUGCUGUAGAGACAGAGCAUUUCUAAUUCUAGUUUCUCGAGUGCUGUAAAAAAUGACUGAGUAAAUGGACACCAAGAAGAAAGACAAGAUAUUUUAACCGGUUAAAAAUUACAAAUGAGCUUUGCUGUUUUACAUUUAAAUAGAAUACUUUUAUAUUGUAAAUGCUUAAAAUGUGUGGAGAUGUUAGUUUUGCUCUUCUAAUAUUCACAGUACUGAAUGUGGAGAAAAAUUUAAUACACAUCUUCAGUGUGCUGCUUUCCCUUAGAAGUAGUAGAAUUGUAAUUGACAGUUUUGUACACCUUUGGUCAUUCUGAACAGCCUUUAAGCUUAUAUUGUUUAAAAGAUAACUUUUUAUAAUGAAAUCUUCCAGAGGCAAAAAAACAAACAAACCUGUCAUCUUAAGCCAAUGCCUUGGAAGCCAUUGUGUAUAAAAAUACUUUAGUGUUUUCUUUCUUUGAUUCAUAGGAAGCCAAGCCAAAUGUAGAUCUGCACUUCUUUAUAAACUGAAAAUGUUAUUUGAUAGGCUGCAAAGAGACCAUUCCAUCAUGGAAGUGUUGGGAUAGAAAUGACAUUCCAAAAUUUAACUUUUAUAUCUUCCUGUACUUUGUUAGCACAGGCUCCUUACUGAAAUAGCUUUUUCAUAGAAACUAUACAUUUGAAAAACUAGGAUUUUGAUGUAAAGAACCUUAAUUUCAAAGCCAUGUUAGACAAGGGGGAAUUUUGAUAUUUGCAGAGGAUUUAAGUGUUUUAUCACUAUGAAAUACACCAAUCUUCAGUAGCUCUAAUAUUUUCCAUGCAGUAAAUCAUUUGCUUACAUCCCUAUUCUAUUAUGUUCAUCUGCCUAAAUCCUGCCAAUUUGACAUUGCAAUGUCUUAAAUUUGAACUAUGAACAUUUAUCUGAUAAAAAGAAACUUACUAUGAGAGUGCUUUAAAGGAAAUACAUUUGAGUAAUUUGCCCAUAGUUAAUGGUAAAUUUAUAAAGCAGAAUUUAUUUCAGAGGAAAAUAAUGUAUGAGACAAUGACUGUGAUAUUAAUUCCUUACAGUUUGUUUGAAAUUAUGUAUUUUCCUCACCUUACCCACUUCAUCAGAUAGUAAUGUUUACACUACAUGGCUUUUAAAACCUCGGGCCUCUGAUUAGAAACCUAGAAGAGGAUCUGAAACCGCUAAUUUAGGCCAUGUUAAGUAUUUCCCAAGAGGUUGUAGUUUACAGACCUGUCUGAUGUGGAACAUACAGGGUAUACAAAAAAAGAGUCAUAUAUAGCAAAAUAAGAUCAGAAGUACACUUUCAUACUUGAAAUUGUUUUUAGUCCAGAUUUCUGUUCUUCUGUUGAAAUAACCAUUAUUCAUUCUAGUUACGAUGAAAAGCAAAUAC